AUUAUUAUUGCAGACAUUUGAAAAAAGUACCUGGCAUCUCUGCGUCGAUCUCCCAUAGGACGGCAGCAGGAAGUUAGUUACAAAUUUUCGGUGAACUAAUAACGAAACAUUAAAGAACUGACGCAAAAAUGUCUGGUCGCGAUGGAGGUAAAAAGAAGCCACUGAAACAACCCAAAAAGGAUACCAAGGAAGUUGACGACGAAGACAUGGCUUUCAAACAAAAACAAAAGGAACAGCAAAAAGCGCUAGAAGCCGCGAAAGAAAAGGCUGCUAAAGGUGGACCACUGGGUGGAGGAGGUAUUAAAAAGUCGGGAAAGAAAUAACAGGAAAUUCAACAGUCGGACCUCGUGACAUCUGGUGUUCUAACCUAUCUCAGCAAAACUGCGUAUCUCCAAAAACGCGACUUUUCUAAUUCCAUUAUCAAUCACAACUUAUACUGAAAAUAUGUACUGUCCAUAUACAGCGCUCAUAGGUAACCAAAUAAAACAAACUACGAUGUAA